CCACCUGAAAAAAAAGAAACCAGCCUCUGAGUCAAGUCCUGUCCUGCAAGGAUUGGCACCUCAAAUUGUAUUCAGGGUGCGGAUGGGGAGGUGGUGAGCCUGGCGAAUCCCCCGUGAUAGAACCAACAUUUACCCAUUUACCAAAGGCAGUUUGCUCUGAGCCCUACCCAGCACCAGGUGCUAAGAGGCAGCAAAGCAUGGUGAGAGAUGGCUUCUGAAAUCUGUUCUGCAUUUGGGGAUUUGGGUUCCUCUGCCAGCCUAAGGCAGAGCUGUCCCCACCUGCUGGGAGAACCUGGAACAGGGGAACACUGCUCUGAGUCGCCGGGGGCACUCUAUAGCACCGUGGCCACAUCCUGGCUUGGGCCCCUAGCCUGUUCUAGCCAGUCAGCACAGGGAGUUUGGGUCGUGCUGGAGGAGCUGGCUGUGUGCAGGCGGCCGAGUGAGCUGCCUGCUAAUGGGGUUGGGCCACCCCGUGCUGCUCCCUGGAGGCUGGACAAGGCUGGGAUUGUUCCCUGGCUCCCCUUUGUCUCCCCACUCCCCGCCCAGGCCUGGCCCGCCUGCCUGGCCACUCUUCCUCCAUCAGCCUGGCUGGCAGCAGCCUCGGACUCCGCCCGUGGAGCCCUGGGCCUGUUGACCCACCAGCUUAGGAGCACCCACCAAGCUCUGGGUGUUCUGGGAAGAUGGCAUCAUGUCUGGCUACCGCCGCCCCACCAGCUCGGCUUUGGACUGUGUCCUCAGCUCCUUCCAGAUGACCAACGAGACGGUCAACAUCUGGACUCACUUCCUGCCCACCUGGUGAGGGGAGGCUCUGCCCCAGGCCGCGGCCUUGAGCUCAGAGGGGGUACCCAGGCGGGCAGGGACCGUCCAGGCCCACGGGCUGCAGCGGCAGUCGCUGGGGUCCGCGGCGGCCUGAGCACGCGCCCGCCGCAGGUACUUCCUGUGGCGGCUCCUGGCGCUGGCGGGCGGCCCCGGCUUCCGUGCGGAGCCAUACCACUGGCCGCUGCUGGUCUUCCUGCUGCCCGCCUGCCUCUACCCCUUCGCGUCGUGCUGCGCGCACACCUUCAGCUCCAUGUCGCCCCGCGCGCGCCACAUCUGCUACUUCCUGGACUACGGCGCGCUCAGCCUCUACAGCCUGGUUUCCUGGAGCUGGAAAGCCCUGGGCUCAGUAAGGUCCUCCGCACAGCAGCCUUCGCCUAUCCCUUCCUGUUCGACAACCUCCCACUCUUUUAUCGGCUCGGGCUCUGCUGGGGCAGGGGCCACAGCUGUGGGCAGGAGGCCCUGAACACCAGCCAUGGCUACCACCUCUUCUGUGCGCUGCUCACUGGCUUCCUCUUUGCCUCCCACCUGCCCGAAAGGCUGGCACCAGGACGCUUUGACUACAUCGGUGAGGGCACACCUGGCCCGGCCCGGGAAGAGGCAGGGGCAGAUGCCUUCCCAGAGCACAAAAUGAACUGGGCCACAGCCACCAGCUAUUCCACAUCUGUGCAGUGCUGGGCACCCACUUCCAGCUGGAGGCAGUGCUGGCUGAUAUGGGAUCACGCAGAGCCUGGCUGGCCACACAGGAACCUGCCCUGGGCCUGGCAGGCACAGUGGCCACACUGGUCUUGGCUGUAGCUGGGAACCUACUCAUUAUUGCUGCUUUCACAGCCACCCUGCUUCGGGCCCCCAGUACAUGCCCUCUGCUGCAGAGUGGCCCACUGGAGGGGGGUACCCAGGCCAAACAACAGUGAGGCCCCAUCCCUGACCCUGUCCUGGAGGGGGCAGAGGCCAGGCCCCAGUGCUGACGAGGAGCCCAGAUUUGGGCCGAAUCAGGUGGGGAUGCAUCUCAGCCUGGAACCAACAGGGGCUGAGGAGAGGGCACAGGAGAGAGGGCAGAGGAGAGGAGGGGUGUCUAGGGGGACUGGCAGAGUGUGAGAGGGACCAUGAGGGGGCUCUUGAUGGGAGUGGAAGAAGUGCUGAGGGUCUGAGAGGGGAGAUGCAUGUGUGUCCAGGCUGAAGAUGCCCCUAUAUGUCAAAGGUUGGAGUGGGGAGGUGUUGGGGUCCUUUCAUCUGGCUUCGUUUCUGGUGCUCCAGGAAGUCUCUGCUCAGCACAGGGAAGAACUAACACAACUAACCUAGGCCUACUCUGAAUGCUUCUUGCUAACCAGGCCGAGAGGCCACACACUUGCCCCCCCAUCCCCACAAACCAGGUAAUGCCAGUUUGCCAGCAGCUAUUUGCAUAUAGAGAUGAGUCUGUCCUGGUCAUAACUGUGUACUCAAGGUGUCCAGGCUUUUGGGGGUGGGCCUAUCUGGGUGCAUUAUGGAUGGUUUGGUGGAUUGAGGUGUGGGGGAGGAGGGUCCUAGGCUAGAGGGGGGACCCCUAGUUAGACUUUGGGAAGCCACCUUCAAUGUUUUCUGGAACAAGGCAGGUACAAAUAAAAAAAUAAAACUUUGGAAAGCA